AUGAUGAUGUACGCAAAGCAAAGUUUCAUCACCACUGUGUUGGUUGCUGUCAGCAGCAUCAGUGCUGCCAUGGCUGGAGGCCAUAAUGUUCUUAGUGUGGAGCCAUACAUCGCAGAGUGGUGCGCGGCCCAAUUUCCGGAGCAGAUCACCGAUUGGACUGGCUACAAUGAGGCCCACUUGGUCAGGUUCCGUGACUAUGUGCGUAUUGAACCUUACAUGGGACGCUACUGUUUUGAUGAGUUCCCAACUGAACUCAAAGAUCAAAAGCGAGAGGAAACCCUCCAGAAAAUGGCAACCAAGCACGUUCAAAUAGAACCGUUUUUUAUGCGCUGGCUGGAUGCAUCCAUGGUCAACCCCACCGUUGGAACUCGUGUUGAAUUGGAGCCGUACCUUGCGCAAUGGUGCGUCGAGGGACAAUUCAAGUUGCUCAUGAGCAACCCUGCCAAGUCUCUCAGCGAUGCGGCAGCCAAUCCGAUUCACCCGGAGGGAGCAAUGGCUCGUUGGUGUUUUGCCGAGUUUGCCGGUGAGCUCUCGAGCCUCGACGAAGAACAAACUGUUGCCAACGAACUAAAGGACCACGUGAAGAUUGAACAGUACCUUAUCAAGUGGGCCGGUGCUGUUUACGGGGCGAGGCAAGCUGAGGACCACCCCAACACAAAGAAAGCCGGUGGAAUUGGUUUUGGUGUAGGCUUUGCUAUUGCCUUGGCUAUUCUGUUGCCCAUUUGGGGCCUUUGCUGGUGGAGAAGCCGCCGUUCAGCUGCCAAGGAUGCUCACUUCCACGACGAUGUUCAGAUGACACAGGAUGCAAUCAUGAAGGAAUCCGACUCGGUUGCCUAG